CACCUGAUAAGGAUCUUCAGAGUCACACAACACAAGCACUUCUGUUUUUUCAAGGCAUCAGUAACCACUCGGACAGAGCACCAAAGAGCUGACAGCUUGACAUCACUUAUACCUAACCAUGUCAGAGACAACUGCAGGGUAUACUGUCACUGUGACCAUGAAGACUGAAUAUGAUUAUGAUGAGUACUUCGAAGGGAGUGACUAUUAUAGUCUUUGCGACAGUCGUGGCACGAUGGACUUCAGCAGGAUGUUCAUCACUGUUCUCUACUCUUUGGUUUUCAUUCUGGGCCUCAUCGGUAAUGUUCUGGUGGUGUGUGUCCUGGUGAAACAUCGCAACCAGACCACCUUGACAGAUAUCUGCCUUUUCAACUUGGCUCUGUCUGACCUGCUCUUCAUCAUCAUGCUGCCACUCUACACCGACUACACUGUGGUCAAAAAUUGGACCCAUGGUGACCUUUUGUGCCAUUUUGCAGGUGGCUUCCAGAGGACUGGCUUCUUCUGCAGCAUCUUCAUCCUGGUUGUCAUGACGCUGGACCGCUACAUGGUCAUCAUACAUGGCACUAAGGUGGCAAAGUACCGCACCAUGAGAACAGGGGUUGCUCUCACAGUGGUUGUGUGGUCGCUGAGCUUGUGCGUCUCCCUGCCUGCUUUUAUUUUCACCAAAGAGACAAAGGAGCCUAAUGGGCCUGGUUGCCGUUACGAGCCAGAGAACAAGGCCUGGAAGGUGUACAACAUCUCAGCAAAUAAUAUCUUGGGCUUGGUGCUUCCCUUAAUGGUGAUGAUACUGUGUUACUCCAGAAUCAUCCCUGUCCUGAUGAGGAUAAGGAGUUCUAAGAAGCAACGUGUUGUCAAGUUGAUAGUUUCUAUCAUGGUUGUCUUCUUCCUCUUAUGGACACCAUAUAACAUUUCACAUUUUCUUAUUUUCCUGCAAUCUGACUACAAUUUGAUAGAUGACUGUGACUCUAUCCAUAAUGUGAAACUGUCACUAAUAGUGAGUGAGACUCUUGCAUUCACACACUGCUGCUGGAAUCCCAUCAUAUACGCUUUUGUGGGACAGAAAUUCAUAAGGCGUGUAUACCUGCUGCUGAGUAGCUGGGUGCCUGGGAUUAAACGUUCACGCAGGGAUUCAUCAAAUAGUUUUUCCAGAAGGAGCUCUGCAGCAUCCAGGUCGUCUGAAUCGACUCUUACUAUGUAGAGGGGACUACUCCAUUACAUCAAAGCCCUCUAAAUAUCUACUGUACCUCUACCCUUUAAAAAUAAAACCUGUUCGGACUCACAGGUGAUCAAAGUUGAGUUUGGGCGAGAAGACCUGAAAUGGUUUUCACUCCACAGAUGUGCCUUGUCAGGGACAGUAGAAUGAUAGUAGAAUGUCUUGCCUUAUUAAUGGGGUUGGGACCAUCAGUUGUGUUGGGUGUGUCCAAACUUUUGGCAUGUACUGCAAAAUUAUAGAGUUCAUUUUCAUUUAUUGUGUGAUUAAUUCAUUCAUUUAUUACAUUUUGACAAACAAGAAAGUGUGCAUAAAGCAUAAAAGGUGAAAAAAAAGAUGAAACCGCACGACUUCACUAUGGAAAACUAACAAAUAUUAUUACAAACAUUCAAAAAUCAAUUAGCCUAACCAAUCUAAUCAAAUCAUAUUCAAUUGUGUGUGUGAGCCGACAAAAAUGUUUCCCAUGUCAUGUUUGAAACAAAAAGCGACAUUUCUAAGAAAAUCGCAUGUCGCCUCCGUGCAGUGUGUAGGAAACAACACCUUCACUUGUCUUUUACCAGAAACGAGCUUUGCCACAGGGUUUGACUAUAAAAAGUGAGCAAGACAUGUCAACAGGAUGACGUGCAAGCCUGACACAAGAGAGCACACGACUUGAGGAGCACUGAUUUUGGUAAUUUACAUUUUACUUUUCUAAAAACAGAAUUGGAUUCACUCACAAUCUUCACAAAAAGCUUUGUAGCAGUUGUGUAUGCCAAUGCAUGUGUGUAUGUGUGUGGUCAAACCAUGUCAGCAACAGGAAGUGAGGGUCGCACGGCUGCCAAAGUUGUGGCUCAGUGGUCUCAAACAGUGAAGCCUCAUGUGCUAACACAAAAAACUAAGACCACAUGAGUGUAGAUAGAGUUUACAAAACAGAUAUGUGUUUCCUGUUCAAACCUCAUGUUGUUGGUGUUAUAAGGCUGACGAUACAGCGGCUUUUUGUGUUAAAGUAAGCUAUAGAGGAUUAAAAAAAAAUGUCACCCCAGACGCUUUGUUGCAGAAGUGUUUCAGUGAUGACUCAUAUGAUGAUGAUAAAGUUCAAAUGAAAGGGCAGAAAAGUCCAGCAUAUUUUACACAAAGUUUACCUUGAGUUUCUUUGUUUGCAUAUGACAGUAUGAACCAACACACAGAAA